GCGGCACAGCUUGUACGGCAGGUGGACGAGCAAGUCACGUUCAUGGACUGGACAUACGGCGUUACGGGUGUGGAUCUGUCGGCAGUUUGGGAUCCGGAGCUUUGGAUCCGGUUUCGGGAGGCUAUUGCUCGGAACGAGCCCGCCAUUUUUUGGAACAAGCUGAUUGACCGCAUCCAAUACAGGGACGUGCUCCCGCAGGCGGGUCUGGUGGGUGACAUGCGAAUCAGCUACGCCAAGUUCCUGGAGCUCUUGAGGGAGCAACGCAUCAAGCGGUUGGUCAUUUACGGGGACAUGCGUACGGCAGUGGUGGAGGUACCGCACCCCUGGAGCGCCUCCGUACUGGGCCACCCCUCGACUCACCCUUUUUACGAGGAUAACGACCACAUACGGAUCAGCCGCCUCACACCCAACCCCGCAGCGCCACAAGACGUCACCCAGUGGUUUUGUACGGAGAUGCCCGAGUGGGACAUGGAGAAGUACCGCUUCUACGUGGACCUGCCGGGGGACUUCUGGGAGAGUGGAGUACUGCAGGCGCAUCUGGCUGCCAGCCGUACGGCAGGGGCGGUGUCUCAGAAGAAGGUGUUCCAGGUGACCACGGAGGUUCAGCUGCUGGAUCCGCAGGAGAGCUGGGACUUCCUGGGCUGGCUGCUGCACCCCGCCCGACUGGAGUUCUACGAGAAGGCGGCGUGUGUGGCCAUAGCACUGAGGUUGCUGGGAAUCGUCACUGCGCUGUCCUUAGGCUCCCCCCUAUUCCAGUUGUUCCGUGUUUCCUGGGGUAAGCUUCGCGGUGAGGGCAAGGGCGGCAAGGGCGGUAAGGCCAAGGACCCCAAGAAGAUGUCCAAGCAGGAGAAGAAGGAGAGCCAGUGGGAGCGACUCACCAGCAGCAGGGCGCGGGAGUUCAUGACAAAGGAUGAGAAGACCGGCAAGAUGCGCGACACGGGUGUUCGGUUCGAGGACAUAGCGGGUAUGGACUACCUGGUGGUGGAGAUGCGGGAGGUGGUGCGGAUGCUCAAGGGGGACCCCGCCUACGUGAAGGGCAUCAUUUUCCAAGGUCCCCCUGGCACGGGCAAGACCUACUUGGCUCGAGCCAUAGCCGGGGAGGCGGGGGUGCCCUUCUUCUCCUCCGUGGGGUCGGAGUUCGUUGAGAUGUUUGCCGGCGUGGCAGCUGCCCGUGUCAACAACCUGUUUUACAAUGCCCGCAAGAAGGCGCCCGCCAUCAUCUUCAUUGACGAGAUCGACGCUAUCGGCCGGGCCAGGUCCACCCUGGGGGGGGACCCCGGCUCCAUGGAGAGGGAGUCGGCGCUGCUGGCCAUGCUGGUACAGAUGGACGGUAUCACCAACAAGACCGAGCAGGUUCUCACCAUAGGGGCCACCAACCUGGCUCAGGAGCUGGACGCAGCUCUGUUGCGGCCGGGGAGGUUCGAAGUGGUGUACGAGGGCUGGUCCGCCGCCGCUCUCGCCAAUCUGAUGAACGAGGCCGCCAUCCUCACAGUGCGCCGCAACGUGCCCACCAUCAGCCUGCCCAUGGUUCUGGAGCUGGUGGAGGGGCUGAACUGGGGGGAGAAGGCGCCGAGGAUACCCGACACGGCGGCCAAGGACAGACUCGCCCUGGUCACCGCCGCCAAGGCGGUCGCCUUCGCCCUGACCCCCGGCUUGGAGCCCAUCAAGUCGGUGACGAUGUGGAGCGGGAGGAGGGGGCUGGGGCCGAGUGUGGAUUUCAUUGAUAUGAACGACAAGGCGGAUCUGGGACUUCAUGCCGAGGAGGUUGAGCUGCUGGGGUACCGUACAAACCACAAGACGAAUGCUGCCUCUCUGGGCAAUGAGGCACUUGGGGAGUUCUUGCACGUGGCGAGUUUGCUCGUACCGCUGUACGCGCCACGUGCAGCUGAGGUGGCGCUGUACGGCAAGGAGGCGGCGUCGCUGGCCACAGCCCAAUCCCUGGCGGACUGCUUCGAGAUCGCCUACUACUGUGUACGGAACAGCCAGCGCCCGGGAUGGGAUUUCCCCGGGUUUCUAAAUCUUAUCCCUCACCUCGACACGCUCAUAAGGCCCCACUACCACAAGCUCACUCUGACGCUACUCAAGGCUUCUUGGCGGAGGGCCUUACGUCUGGUGGUAUCUCGCCGUACAGCCAUUGCGAAGGUGGCGGCGGAGAUGUUGGCGGCGGAGGACGAAAAGAUCAGCGGUGCACGUCUUGUUGAGCUGAUCGAGAGCACCCCGCUGGAUCCGCUGGGGGGUGAGGGGCUGGAUGCCCGGGCGGCUGAGGAGGUGGUGCAGGAGGCGGGGAACCAGUUCCUGCCGCUGCUCAAGGAGGUGUUGGGUGAGGUGCCCCACAUCAUCCUGACCGGGGAGAAGCUGGCGGACGACCAGCAGCAGGCGGGCGGGCCGUACGGCCCCAGCGGCAGUGGCAGUGCCCAGACUAGCUUCCGUGUGCCUGGAGCGGGUAGCAUGGGCAUGGCCUCCUUCCGAGGAUCACCCUCCGCCAGCUCCUCCACCUCCCCACCCCCCCUGCUGCUGGAUGACGUCACGCUGACGGAGGUGUCCCGGGCCAUCGUUGGCCGGCUGGAUGUGGUGGACCUGGUGGGCAGGAACACGGCGCUGGAGGCGGCGGAGAGGGUCCGGGAUGCUCUGCUGCACCCGCACACCCGCGAGCGGCUCAGGGCUGUACGGCGGUGGGCGGAGGAUCCGGAGGGGGAGUUCCCGCCGGCGCCCGUCACGGAUCGCGAGGCGGCAGCGAUGGGACCUGAGGGGCCGUUGUACGGCAGGCUGGCGCUGGAUCUGGAAUGGUGGCGCAGUCGCCGAAGUAACGCCAUCAGCUGGAGCGCCAUGGAGCUGCUGUUCAAUGAGAGACAGCGGAAAUACUUUGCGGAGGACGCCGAUCUGCCCAGGGACGAGGACACGUCAGAGGGCCGCAAGAGGGCGGCAGCAGCCGCUGCGGCGGAGGCCCGAGCAGCGGCGCGCGCUGCCUCCUCAGCCUCCUCGAUGACGACGUCCCCCUCCGCUGCUGCUGCUGCUGCUGCUGGCCCCGCGCCGCAAUCCGGAGAUCCCUCCCCGGAGGGUGGCGGUGACGGUGGCGGUGGCGGUGGCGGUGACGUCAGCAGCCGUUAGCUCUGGAGUUAUUCUGUAGUUGUUGGGAUAUAUGGGGGCACGUGGGGGCGGUUGCAGCUACCCAGCUGAACUGCAUUCCAACGUUGCCCCGUGUGUUUUAACGUUGGCCCCUGUCCGGUCCGCUCAUGACUGGCAGCGGGGAAAAAUGUGGGGUCGGGGGGAGGGAGGUGUCAGAAAGGGCCGAUCAGGGGGCCCCCCCGAGGGGGAGUGGACGCGGCCAGCUGGCUUCUGGGCUUGGGUUCUACGUUAGUGCAUGGGGAGCUGGUGUGCUGGGGGUGGAGUGGGAGUUGAUGGUGAUGGGGAAGAGGUAGUGGGGAAAGGCAGUGUGUGUCUGUGUGUGUGUGUUUUGGGAGGAUGGAGCUUCAGGUAUUCGUACAGAGGCUGCCAGGUCGCCGAUAAGGGAAAUGGGGUGUGUGGCGGCGAGAGCGCUGGUCGGGUUCUGAUAUGAAAUCAUCGCCGUUUCGGCCUGGCUUGGGCCCCCUGGGCUCCUCCUGUUGAUCCCGUGCGGUGUGAAGUGAAGGAUGCGGGGCGUGAACGAGGUGGUGGUGUGAUGGUGGUGGCAAAGAAGCGGGACCU